AUGGAAGGUCUGUUGUUCAACGUUAACGGGGGCUACCUGGAGGGUAUAGUUCGUGGCUACCGCAAUGCGCUCCUGACGAGCACGAACUAUGGCAAUCUCACGCAAUGCGAAACCAUCGAAGACGUCAAGACGCAGCUCGGUCCAGCUUACGGCGAGGCGCUCUCAAAUCUUCCUCCAAAUCCCUCCACAUCAGCUCUGGCGAGUAAGACUACAGAGAAACUCGUCUCUGACUUCAGAUACCUCCAAGGGCAGGCGACGGGAUCGUUGGCCAAAUUCAUGGAAUACCUUACUUACUCAUACAUGAUUGACAAUGUGGCCCUCCUCAUUACUGGGACACUACACGAAAGAGACACCAAGGAAUUGUUGGAGAGAUGUCAUCCACUGGGCUGGUUUGAGACAAUGCCGGUUCUUUGUGUGGCCACAAAUAUCGAGGAGCUGUAUAACUCAGUCCUCAUCGAAACACCCCUCGCUCCAUAUUUCAAAGGAAGCUUGAGUCACCAGGAUCUGGAUGAGCUCAAUAUCGAGAUUGUCCGAAACACCUUGUACAAGAACUAUUUGGAGGACUUCUACAAUUUCGUGAACACAGAUCCCGAUAUGGCCAUGACUCCGACUGGAGAAAUCAUGUCAGAAAUCCUCGCAUUUGAAGCCGAUCGACGAGCUAUCAACAUUACCAUCAACUCCUUUGGGACAGAGCUCACCAAGGAACAGAGGCAGAAGCUCUAUCCUGAAUUUGGGAAGCUACAUCCAGAGGGAAUGCUCAUGCUCUCUAGAGCGGACGACCUGGAAGGUGUUGGACUUGCAGUCAGCGGUGUGGGUGACUACAAGCGAUUCUUCGACGAGGUCGGAUUCAACCAAAGCGGUGUGGGCGCUAGCAACAUAGUUGGAGGAACGGGUGGUGACUCCAAGUCUCUGGAGGACAUGUUCUAUCAGAAGGAGAUGGAGCUCUCCAAGAUGGUUUUCACUCGACAGUUUACCCACGCAGUUAUAUAUGCAUGGGUGAAGCUACGAGAGCAGGAAAUCAGAAACAUCACCUGGAUUGCCGAAUGCAUUGCUCAAAAUCAAAAGGAGAGAAUAGGAAAUUACAUCAGUGUGUUCUAA